AUGCGUCUUAAACGAACGGUCAUGUUUGAAGCGACGAGUAGUUCGGUGUUCAAGAAUGACCCGGAUGAGUUCGUUGUUAAGGUUCGGGAAUUCAAUAUUCUGGAUUUGGAGGGCAGGGAGCAGGAUGAUCUGCAGGUUGUUGAGAUGAGGGUUUUUAUGGAUGGGAAGCCUGUUCAGGCGCGUGCGCAACAGUUGAAUGUUGGGUUGGCUUUUGGUGAAGGGGCUAGGGAGGCGGAGCCUUCGUGA